CCCAUGAGAACCUUUCAAGCCAAAACACAACAACAUUCAGCAACUACACAAAGCUACUCUUCUUAAUCUUUAAUUUAGUUGAGCUAUGGAGUUCAAGGAAGAGAAAACUGGAUCAACUGACAAGGAGGAUGUUGUCAACUAUAAUGGAGUUAAAGCUAUGCCAUUUAUCAUUGGGAAUGAGACCUUUGAGAAGUUAGGGACAAUGGGCACUGUUUCAAACUUGAUAGUGUAUCUCACUACUAUGUUUAACAUGAAGAGUAUAACAGCAACUACUGUUAUCAAUGUCUUCACUGGAACUGUAAAUGCUGUCCCAUUAAUUGGUGCUUUCAUCUCUGAUUCUUACUUGGGACGCUACAAGACUCUUGCCAUCGCUUCCAUCUGCUCUCUUAUGGGAAUGAUAGUAUUAACUCUCACCGCCGGAAUCUCCAAACUGCACCCUCCAUCAUGCGCAGCAAAUGAGAUGGGCAAGUGUGUUGGAGCCACUGGUGGUCAGUUGGCUUUCCUAUUUUGUGGGUUGGGAUUUCUUGUUCUUGGAGCUGGAGGUAUUCGCCCUUGUAACCUUGCCUUCGGAGCUGAUCAGUUCAAUCCAAAUACUGAAUCUGGCAAGCGAGGCAUCAAUAGUUUCUUCAAUUGGUACUAUUGCACCUACACGUUUGGCAUGAUGAUAUCUACAACCUUUAUCGUCUAUGUGCAAUCAAAUGUGAGUUGGACGAUCGGGUUGGCGAUUCCAGCAUGUCUAAUGUUCUUGUCCUGUGCACUUUUCUUCUUUGGAACAAAACUUUAUGUCAUAGUGAAACCGGAAGGGAGUGCCAUAGUUAGCGUGGUGCAAGUGCUAGUUGCUGCGGCUAAGAAACAAAAGUUAAAUCAGCCAGACAAUCCUGCUCUUUCCCUUUUCAGUCAUAUGCCAACCAAUUCUGUCAACUCCAAGCUUCCGUAUACAAAUCAAUUCAGGUGGCUUGACAAGUCCGCAAUUAUUACGAGUGAAGACCAAAUAAAUUCUGAUGGGUCUGCUGCCAAUCCGUGGAGACUUUGCAGCAUUCAACAAGUGGAAGAAGCAAAAUGUGUGCUGAGAGUGAUUCCGAUAUGGGCCUCUGGCAUACUGUAUUAUGUUCCAGUAGUUCAACAAAACACAUAUGCUGUUUUGCAAGCACUUCAGACAGACAGAAGACUUGGCGAUAGUGGGUUUGAGGUGCCUGCAGCCUCAAUUAUAGUCUUUUCCAUGCUUACUCUUACCAUAUUUAUUCCCAUCUAUGACCGAAUGUUGGUUCCAUUUCUUCGGAAGCUCACUGGCAAAGAAGGUGGAAUUACAAUUCUUCAAAGAAUGGGAAUUGGAAUUAUUUUCUCAAUUGUUACCAUGAUUGUUUCUGGUCUGGUUGAAGAGCGAAGAAGGCACUUGGCUCUUACAGGGUCAGCCCAAGGAGUCUCGCCUAGAGGGGCUAUAUCAUCCAUGUCUGCUUUAUGGUUAAUCCCUCAACUAGCACUUGCAGGACUAACCGAGGCUCUUAAUUCAGUUGGGCAAACUGAGUUCUAUUACAAGCAAUUCCCUGAAAAUAUGAGAAGCAUAGCUGGUUCUUUCUUCUACCUCGGAUUGGCAGGUUCAUUUUAUCUGAGCAGUAUACUUGUUUCAAUAGUCCACCAUGUCACAGCAGGAUCCAGUGGCAGGGAUUGGUUGGCUGAGGAUCUUAACAAAGGGAGACUGGACCUCUUCUAUUACAUGAUCGCUGUUUUAGGCACUCUCAACUUUGGCUAUUUCCUCGUGUUUUCUAAGUGGUAUAGAUACAAAGGUAAACAUACAAAUACAACUGAGGUUAUGGAUGGAUGGGAAGAAGUCUAAGAAGCAUUCUGUUCCAAAGGAAACUGAGCAAAUAAAUCUCAAGGGUCGUUCUCUCUAACAGGAAAACAAAAACCGUAGAAUAUUGUAAUAAGUAAUUAAGCAUUGCCACUGCUUACAGGCAUAAAAUAUUGUUCCAUGUUUGUAAUCUUUGAUGUCAUUAUUAAUUCAGGCUUUACCUGAUUGUUCUUUUAA